UUCAAGGAAUUCAAGGAACUCGGCAGUCCUGUGUUGCAGCGCUCCAUGACUUUGAGCAGAGAUACAAUAAAUCAGUCCGAUUAAAGGAGAAUCUUUUAUUCCUAUUUAUUGCAGAAUCUGAAGGAGGAUCAUCGACCGAGCAGCUGCUGCAGGACGCACCGGCUGGAUUCCCGCUGAAGUUGUUGACACGCAGCACAUCACGGACAGCUGUCUGCCUGGAAGUUGAGACUCUUUCUUUUUUUUUUUUGUUCUCAUCACACGCCCAGUGAAGCUGCAGGACUCUGCUCCAAAGUUAUGCUCCUGACGCUGGGUGUCACACCGACUUGCACCAUGCUAAGGAGACCCGGAGCUUUGUACGUGUGUGGAAAAUGAUUGCAACCAGCACCGAGCUUUUCAUUAUGGUGAGGAGAUGUCUUCUCACUUUCAAACCGUUCAGGAUCUUUGUGGUGGGGAUUGGAUUCUUCAGCCUGUGCUUUCUAAUGACCUCUCUCGGGGGCCAGUUCACAGCUAAGAGACCCGGAGAUUCUCCCUUCACUGUGCGAGCCGAAGUGCUUGGCGGCCAAGAAUCUCGUGGGGUGCUGCGGAAAAUCAGUGACAUGCUGGAGAUAAUUAUGAAGAGGAUGGAUGCUCUGUCUAAACUGAGUAACACCACAGACACCCACAGGCUGGAUGAGCUCAGCUCGGCCUUGGACAGGAUACAGCCUAUAGGGCUAGUGGAGCGGAUUCAGGCCAUCGCCCAGAACAUGUCUGACAUGGCAGUGAGGGUGGAGCAGAUCCUACAGCGCAGCAUGGCCAGCAACAGAGUUAGGGAUGGAGCAUUAGGACAAUGUGAGACUCCUAAAGACCCCCGUUAUCCGGACUGUCCCAACAAGAUGGAUUGGAUGCGUGCUCGUUGGACCUCUGACCCGUGCUAUGCCUUUUACGGCGUGGACGGCUCCGAUUGCUCCUUCCUCUCCUACCUGAGCGAGGUGGAGUGGUUCUGCCCCCCUUUGCCCUGGAGGAAUCAAACCACUACACCCACCUUGAAGCCUCCACCCAAGAGACAGGCUAUUUUUCAGUCCGACAUCGGGACUCUGCUGGAGCGAGUUGGCACCGGGAAGGAGUCGCUGAGCUUCAUGAAGAGGCGAAUCCGAAGGCUGGCGGUGCAGUGGGCCACGGCUGCUCGACGGCUGGAUGACAAACUCCGCAACCAGUGGAGGGAGCAGCAAAGGAUUCUAGUCCACGUGGGCUUUCUAACAGAGGAGUCUGGGGACGUCUUCAGUCCCAAGGUGCUGAAGGGGGGUCCUCUGGGUGAGAUGGUGCAAUGGGCCGACAUCCUCACAGCCCUCUAUGUGUUGGGACACGACCUCAAGAUUUCAGUUUCUCUCAAAGAGCUGCACGGGUUUUUAGGAGUCCCUCCAGGACGAGGAAGCUGCCCUCUGACAGGACCUCUGCCCUUCGAUCUCAUCUACACAGACUACCACGGCUUGCAGCAGAUGAAGCAGCACAUGGGUCUGUCACUGAGGAAGCACAAGUGCCACAUCCGAGUGAUUGACACCUUUGGCACCGAGCCUGCUUACAACCACGAGGAAUACGCCACCCUGCACGGCUACAGAACCAACUGGGGCUACUGGAACCUUCACGGCCAGCAGUGCAUGACCAUGUUCCCGCACACCCCUGAUAACUCUUUUAUGGGUUUUGUGGCUGAGGAGCUGAAUGAGACUGAGAGGCUGAACAUUCAGCGGAACAAGGUCAACAAUAUGGCCGUUGUGUACGGUAAAGAGGCCAGCAUGUGGAAGGGAAAGGAAAAGUUUCUGGCAAUUCUGCAUCGCUACAUGGAGAUCCAUGGGACCGUUUACUAUGAGACGCAGCGCCCCCCAGAGGUGCCCGCCUUUGUCAAGAACCACGGUCUGCUGCCUCAGCAGGAGCUGCAGCAGCUGCUCAGAAAGGCCAAGCUAUUCAUUGGAUUUGGCUUCCCCUACGAAGGUCCCGCCCCUCUGGAGGCCAUAGCCAAUGGCUGCAUCUUCCUCCAACCCAAGUUCAAUCCCCCUCACAGCUCUCUCAAUCAUGAGUUCUUCAGAGGAAAGCCCACCUCAAGGAAGGUGUCCUCUCAGCAUCCCUAUGCAGAGCAGUAUAUAGGCCGGCCACAUGUCAUCACUAUCGACUUCAAUAACUCCGAAGAGUUUGAUGCCACCAUCCGUGAGAUCAUGAGGAUCAAUGUGGAGCCAUUCCUGCCCUAUGAGUACACCUGCGAGGGGAUGCUCGAAAGAGUUAAUGCCUACAUUCAGAACCAGGACUUUUGUUCCCCCGAGGCUCCGUUUCCUCCAGUAAACUCAUCUGGGGCCUGGCUGGGCAGCCCUCCCAGUCCUUUUAUGCUCCUGCCCAACUCCAGCAUCCUAACCUGGGCCUCCAACGCCAGCUACUACACGUCCUGGCCGCCCCUCAGCGCACUGAGGCUCUUGACUUCACUGGAGGGCCAGUCGUGUGUGGAGGCGUGCCAGAGUUCAGGACUAAUCUGUGAACCCGCCUUGUAUCGUUUCAUCAACAUUAAGGAGGCCUUCAGCGCGCUGGACUUCCAGUGUGAGGGAUUGGAGUCCGAGAUGAACCACCUCUUCCCGGCUUUCUCGGCAGAGCAUGCCGAAUGUGGCCUGCAGCAGGAUCCGCUCCUGUUCAGCUGUGCCGGCUCCAGUGCUAAAUAUCAACGCCUUUGUCCCUGCAGGGACUAUCGCAACGGACAGGUGGCACUGUGCAGGGACUGCCUAUGACCAGAGGAGGACCUGUGGACCGAGACUCUUUUCUAAGGCAAGAUCCAGGCUGUCCCAUGAGACUCUCUUUGAAAAGGAGAGUGAAAUGCUGUCACAGUGACUCAGCUCCCUUACCUUUGACCAAGGGACUGGCUGCCAAAGUUGGUAUUACCUCUCAGGGAACUGCAUGAUUGUACUUUGAAUUCUGGUGGGAUUGAAGCUGCUUUAGGACCACACGGUCAUGAUGAAAUGUGUCAUGUGAUGGAUCAGUUAGAUUAGUAAAAAAAUAAAAAUAAAUAAAAAAUCACAAGCAAUCAAAGAGAAAGCUUUGUUUAAAACAAAAAAAAAACAUGUUUCAGAUGCUUGAAUUUCACAAGUGUGUUUACUUAGUGUUGUGUGAAUAUGUACAGUAUCAUAGUGGAGUUUGGAUAUUUGUACUAGAUGCACCCAAAGCCAUUUACACCAUGUUGAGAUGUACUAUUUUACAUGUCCUGUAAUGAAUAUAUUUGUACAUAAGUGUUGUUUAAUAAAACACGGGUGAGGCAAAAAAAAAAAAACAGGAUGUGGGUAGAAAUUAUUUAUUUUCUUUUAAAAAAGUAGGAUCCAAUCAAUCAUUUAUGGUUAAUUUCACAAAGCGUGUGGGGAAAUCUCAUAAUGACUUCAUCCAGCCUGUGAUUUAUAUGCAAACUGUGAUGACUCAGACUCAUUAGUUUAUACAACAGUCCUUGGAUGCAAGAUAACAAUACUCUGUAGAUUCUUACGGGAAGCAGAUAUUUAUAUAUAAUACAAUAUUCUUCAGCACUUUCUUUUACCGUCACACCAACCCACACUGUGUUGUU